AUGCCCCUCAGCCUCUUCCGGCGCCUUCUCCUCGCUGCCCUGCUGGUGGUGAUCGUCUGGACCCUCUUCGGGCCCUCGGGGAUUGGGGAGGAGCUGCUGAGCCUCUCGCUAGCCUCCCUACUGCCAGCCCCGGCCUCACCAGGGCCGCCCCUGGCCCUGCCCCGCCUCUUGAUCCCCAACCAGGAGGCCUGCGGUGGUCCCGGCGCUCCUCCCUUCCUGCUAAUUCUGGUGUGCACAGCCCCGGAGAACCUGAACCAGAGAAACGCCAUUCGGGCCUCGUGGGGUGGGCUGCGUGAGGCCCGGGGGCUCAGGGUGCAGACGCUCUUCCUGCUGGGAGAGCCCAACAGGCAGCACCCUACCUGGGGCUCCCACGGGAACGACCUCGAGAGGGAGUCAGCUGCCCAGGGGGACAUUUUGCAGGCGGCCUUCCAGGACUCCUACCGAAACCUCACCCUCAAGACCCUCAGUGGGCUGAACUGGGCUGACAAACACUGCCCCAUGGCCCGCUACAUCCUCAAGACGGAUGAUGAUGUGUUUGUCAACGUCCCGGAACUGGUGUCAGAGUUGGUCCUGCGAGGAGGCCGUUGGGAGCAAUGGGAGAGGGGCACGGAGCCCCGGACAGAGGCUGCGGUCGGAGAUGAACAGCUGGAAGGGGGCCAGGCCUCACGCAGCAAGGCAGUGCCUCUUCUGUACCUGGGCCGGGUACACUGGCGGGCAAACCCCUCUAGGACGCCAGGGGGCCGGCACCACGUGUCAGAGGAGCAGUGGCCUCCAACCUGGGGCUCCUUUCCCCCCUACGCCUCAGGCACAGGGUACGUGCUGUCAGCUUCUGCUGUGCAGCUCAUUUUGAAGGUGGCCAGCGGGGCACCCCCUCUGCCACUGGAAGAUGUCUUUGUGGGGGUAAGUGCCCGACGAGGCGGCCUCGCCCCAACCCACUGUGUCAAGCUGGCUGGCGCCACCCAUUAUCCCCUGGACCGGUGCUGCUAUGGGAAGUUCUUGCUGACAUCCCACAAAUUGGACCCCUGGAAGAUGCAAGAAGCCUGGAAGCUGGUGGGUGGCUCUGCUGGAGAAAGGACCGCGCCCUUCUGCUCCUGGCUCCAGGGAGCCCUGGGCAUCCUGCGGUGCCGGGUAAUGGCCUGGCUUCACAGCUGA